ACAAACAGUGAGAGAAAUUGAAAGAUCGUCUGACUUCCCAAAAUCGUCUGCAAAGUGUUAACUUUCUCUCUCUUCAAUGGCGGAAGGUGGAGGUGAGUCUCCAGCUCCACCAUCAGAAAACGGCGGAGAGUAUCUGCUCUCGCUUCUACACAGAAGACCUUACCAACAACAGACCAACAACACCAAUCCAUCGAUCAGACCAGCUCCUCCUCCUCCGCAGCAACAACAACAACAGUCGUUCACUCUCGAUCCAGCAAUCGCAGCCGUUGGUCCAACCGUUAAUUCUUUCCCUCCGGCGUAUAACGGUACUCCUUGGCCGCACGCCGCCUCUUCGCCUCCCAAUCUGUUAGGGUUUCCUCAGUUUCAGCAAAACCCUUUUGGUGCGAAUCAAUUCGACGGCAAUCAGAGAUUAUCAGCAGAAGACGCUUAUAGAUUAGGGUUUACUGGAGCUCUUAAUCAUCACUCGAUUGCACACCAGCCGCCGCAGCCGCAAAAUCUUGUUUUUGGUUCUUUCUCUGGAGAUGCUAGUCUUAAUGGUGGUGGGUUUCUCAAUGGGAACUUGAAUUCUAGGAAAGAUCCAAACUUUUCUCAUCUCCAUGAACACAACAGAGGAGGAGGAGGAGGUAACAUUGGAAGAGGAAACUGGGGUCCCAUUGGUAAUAACGGCAGGCCUUCCAAGUCCACUCCUCCUCCUCCCCCUGGAUUCUCUAGUAAUCAACGAGGUUUAGAUAGAGAUUUGGGGAGUAAGGACGGUGAUAGUGGUAUGAUGGGUGGUGUCCAGAGGAAUCAUGAUGGUAGAGGUAUGAUGGCUAGUUUCCAGAGGAAUCAUGAUGAUAGAGGGAUGAUUGGUGGUGUCCAGAGAAGUUAUGAUGGUAGAGGGGUGAUGGGUAGUUUCCAGAGGAAUCUUGAUAAUGCAAAGGGCGAGAAUUUUAAUGUAUGGGGUAAUGAUUUGAGUGCUGAGAAUGAUAGAUUUAGGAGAUUAUCUAUUCAGAAUGAGGGCAGGUUUAAUCUUAGUCAACAGGUUGAUCAUCCUGGACCGCCUAUGGGUACGAAUCUACAUUCUGUAUCGGCAGCUGAUGCCCAGGAUUCGUUUUUGAUGCUGAACAAGGAAGCUCAUGGUGGAGGUGGUCAAUACAAAGAGGAUUUGGGACAGUUGAGUAAGGGGAAGAGGGAAGGUAAUGGAGAGUUUGGCCCUGCUGAUGAAGAAACUGAGGGUUUUGGAGAAGAUAUUGUUGAGUCUGUUUUGCUUGAAGAUGAAACUGACGAUAAGGAUGCUAAAGAUGGGAAGAAAACUAGCAGGACUUCCCGCGAAAAGGAAUCGAGAAUGGACACUCGGGGUCAGUGGCUGCUUGGCCAAAGGUUUAGAAUGGUUAAAAGGUAUAUGGCAUGUCGAAAUGACAUCCACAGGCAUGAUGCACCUUUCCUUGCUGUAUACAAGUCCCUGAUUCCUGCAGAAGAGGAGCUCGAGAAGCAGAAACAACUAAUGGCCAAGCUAGAUAAUCUAGUUGCCAAAGAAUGGCCUAAUGCGAAGCUAUAUCUCUACGGGUCAUGUGCUAACUCCUUUGGUUUUCCCAAGAGCGACAUCGAUGUUUGCCUUGCAAUCGAAGAUGAUGAUGUCAACAAACCUGAGAUGUUGCUUAAGCUUGCAGAUAUUUUGGAAUCAAAUGAUCUCCAAAAUGUUCAGGCACUGACACGAGCUAGAGUUCCAAUAGUGAAACUCAUGGAUCCUGUUACUGAGAUAUCGUGUGAUAUAUGCAUCAAUAAUGUGCUAGCUGUUGUGAACACAAAGCUUCUGCGGGACUACUCGCUGAUAGAUGUGCGUUUAAGGCAAUUAGCUUUCAUUGUCAAACACUGGGCAAAAUCAAGAAGAGUUAAUGAAACUUAUCAAGGAACACUCUCCAGCUAUGCGUACGUUCUUAUGUGCAUUCAUUACUUACAACAACGUAGCCCGCCAAUUCUUCCUUGCUUACAGGAGAUGGAGCCGACAUACUCAGUUCGGGUUGAUAAUAUUCGGUGCGCAUACUUUGAUAACGUUGAAAGACUCAGUACAUUCGGAUCAAGUAACAGGGAGACCAUAGCUGAGCUGGUGUGGGGAUUUUUCAACUACUGGGCUUACGGGCAUGACUAUGCCAAUACCGUUGUAUCUGUCCGCACCGGUUCCAUACUUGGGAAGCGAGAGAAGGACUGGACGAGAAGGGUUGGGAACGAUAGGCAUUUGAUAUGCAUAGAGGAUCCGUUUGAGACAAGCCAUGAUCUGGGUCGGGUUGUGGAUAAGUUUAGUAUCAGAGUGUUAAGGGAAGAGUUCGAGCGAGCUGCUAAGAUUAUGCAUCAGGAUCCUAACCCAUCUGCCAAGCUUUUCGAACUGUAUGUUCCUGGAGAUAAUAAUAGCAAUGGCCAAAGCCACACUUAAGUUUCAAAAACUAAGCCCGGGUUCGUGUUGCUUGUAUAUAUAUUUAUGUUUAGAUUCGCUCUCUCCUCUUGCUUUUUGGUUGUUUUGGAUUGUUGCUUGUGGCACUAUCAAAUAUUAUUUGUUUGAUGGGUUUGUUCUUUAAGAACAGUAAAACCAGUUAAGGAGAAAAUAGGCAGAUCUUACUAAAC